CAUCUCGUACAUCAGAAAAUCAACACUGAAUUUCUUAGGAAAGAAUGUGAUUCAGAAAGAUCAAACGGCAGCUAAAACAGCCAACGGAUCAACUUUCAAGUUCUUAGGAAAAACAGAACUAACCGUCAGUAUAGCAGAUAUGGAUAUAGAUCACACCUUCUUGAUAUCAGAAGACGAACAUUGCCCAGCACCAGCACUCCUAGGAUUAGAUUUUAUAGAGACAUUAGAUCUGUUGAAUAUACCUGCCACUCUGAGACCUGCUCAAAACAUCUUAAGGAUAGGAGCAAGAGCAAUUCCAUUGCUAACAGCAACUCUAGCGAAAGUUCAGCACAAGAAGCAAACGAUCAAUGUAGUGAACACCAAAAGGAAAACCAUUCACCCGCAGGAAUCAUUAAUGCUGGAGCUGACCACAGAAAAAGAAAUGAGUAGCGAAGAAUACGCGCUACUCAAACCAAGAAAUGAAAAUUUUCAAUGCUUUGAAACAGCAUUCAGACGAAGCCCAGGAGUUGGAGUCUAUUUCAUUAAUAACACCGCCAACGCCACAGCAGAGCCAACAGAAGGAAUGGAGGACGUUGAAUGA